UCACACCUAUAGGCAUUAAACCACCGGUAUAGUGUUUUCGGCGGUGACACAUUUUAACCAAAAAGUUAUCCUUGGGUCUUAAAAUUGUGGCAGAUAAAUAUUUAUGAAAAAUUUUGCGUAGUUAUUUAAAGGAAACAAAGCCUUUAACUAUAUGUCCUAGUUAUAAUAAACAAUUUCUUAUGAAGCUUCCUACAGACGAGCGAUGGCAGAACAAUGUAUAGAGGGAUCCGGGCAUCUUCCAUUACACAACAACUACUUUGAUAUUCCGGAUAUAACGAGCAGACUUUCAGCACACGAUGAUCACCCAACGAAUCGUGAACGUUUGGUACAGUAUCCCGACCUUAGAAGGUAUCAUAGCCAUGAAGGUUCAACCUUUGGUUGCAGAAGCUAAUGUUAAGGAGUAUGUGUGGUCUGGAGUGAGCUUGAUAAGUCUUGUAGCUGAAAAUAUGCUUAGUCACCCGUUCUUAGUAUUAAGGAGACAAUGUCAAGUGCAUAACAAUUCUGCGAGGUAUCAUUUGCUACCUAUCACUCUCAUACCCACUAUUUAUCACUUACAUCAACAUCAAGGACUAACAACUCUUUGGAAAGGAUUAGGUUCAGUCCUUUUAGUUCGUGGAAUGCAACUAGGAGUUGAAGAUAUAAUUUUGAAGUUGACUUAUUGGCCAAAGGAAAUAAAUGUGCAUAGUUCGUUAAAACAAUUUUUUAACCAUAUUCUGUUGAAAUGCCUUACUUUCGUCAUAGUAACUCCUUUUUACUCAGCUUCACUAGUGGAAACUGUACAAAGUGAAAUAGCAAGUGAAAAACCAGCUAUAUUAGAUGUAUUUCGAGAGGGAUUUGCCAGAUUACUAAAUUGGGGAGCUCCAACAAAAGCAAGAAUGCUACCAAUUUGGGCUCUGAUAGUCCCUACGGCAACACUUGGUGUAACUAAAUAUUUAUUCUCUAAAAUAGCGAAAGCCACUGCAGUUCGCUUCCUCCAGUUAACUAAUAAUAACAAACAGAAAGAGUCCCAUGGUGGCGAUGUGGGGAAUGUGAACUUGUUUGCUUAUUUAUUAGCUAAUUUUGCAAGUGAUGCGAUAUUUUAUCCAUGUGAAACAAUUGUUCAUAGGCUACAUUUACAGGUAAAUCUCAUAUUUUCAGUUAAUAGGGUUAUUAUUAAAUUUGUUAUAUCAAAGGGCACUAGAACUAUAGUCGACAAUUUGGAUAAUGGAAGGUCAGUGCUGCCUAUCUUGACAAACUAUUCUGGACCUGUAGACUGCUAUCGAAAAUGUUUAGCUCAGGAAGGUAGAGCCGGAUUAUACAAAGGAUUUGGCGCCCUGGUGCUGCAGUACACUGCUCACAUUGCCUUAAUUAGAGUUUCUCAUUUUAUUUUGAAUGAAAUUUUAAAGCUGUUUAAGAAAUCUGAUCCAAAAAUAGAAACCACUGUAGAUACUUCGCCUCCCGCCCUUUGCAACAUUACCAUGUCACCUAGAUCCUAUUUACUGCCUUAAUAUGUAAUUGUCUUAUAUAUAUGUAUACUUUAUUAUAUAGAAUUUAUUAUUUAAUGUAAUAAAAUUUACAUUCUCUGAAAGUUGUUUUUUACUAUAAAAAUCCAAUUAGAAAAAUUGCAGUGUUCAACCAUAUCAGGGAAGGUUUUCCGAUUGACUUUCCAGCCCUAACAAGGUAUAACUUCCUUGAUAGAAUGUUUUAACACUGCAGUCUUAUUUAUCAGAUUUGUCAUGGAUAUCUUAGGCAUUACAUUUGAAAAGUUCUAUACAAUACUGUGGUUUAUAACCGUUUAUUGCAAGUGACUCCAUAGCUUGUUCAGUUGGCCUCUUCUGGGUAUCUGUAGAAAGGGCAGUUCCCGUAGGGUUUCAAUAGCUGCAGUAAGCGUCGGGGAGUCGGUGAGCUCUCGAAUCCUGGGUGAGAGAACUGGCAGUGGUCGGCUUGCUCCGGGAAUGAGGCAAGCGAGGCUUAUGAUGGAUGGGUCCGCCAUCCCUCGGACUAGGGAGCUGCUUGGACUGACCAGAAGGGAGUAAUAGAGCACUAACAGGGGCUUACACAGGACAUUGCAGGGUUAGGAGGCAUCUUUGCUUGCUAAGCAUUGAAGACGACCCAGAGUGCAGGUGGUGCAUGGAAGGGGAGGAGAGCCCGUAUCAUCUGCUCGCCGAGUGCCCUGCUUUGACAGGGGCAAGAUUUGGAGUCUUCGAAAAGGCCCUGAUGGAUCCGGAUUCAGUGCACGGUAUUGGGCUAAAAGAGUUGCUGGCCUUCUAUAGGAGGGGCGGCAUUCUGGACGCCCUCUAGCCCGGUCUGAGGGCACAACGGGCCUAUCUGGCGGCCUAAAUGCUUGGACGCCUGCGGGGGCGCCCCCCUUUAAUACCAAUACCCUAAUAAUUCUGUCGUGAGCAUGUCCCAGUCUUAUGAUCGUGGUCCACAUUUGCUUAGGGCUCAGCUAGGUCUUACUGGUUGUCUGGAUCCUUCAUUCUAUAUAAGGAUUGCUGUAUUUGGAUUUACCUUGCAUUAAUCUCAAAUAUUUCCAAUAUUUCCUGUUUAUUCUCCAUCCGGAAUUAUUUGUCUAUAGGGUUGCUUGAAAGAUCUCAGACAGACCUAAGGCUAUAGCGACAGGAUGACCAGUAGGUGAUGGACUAAUUUCGUCCACAGGCACUUCCCCAGGAUUCCGGUUUUAACUUUCUAAUUUUAACUAAUAUCUAGCUAAGUGGGCACAUUAGAGCUGUGUAUUAAUUUAAACUUUCAGACCUCUGCUGAUCCCUUCUCGCGCUUUUAUCACUGGGAUGUUGCUCCAUGCCCCAGGCGGUUUUAAAUUUCUUCCCGGUCAUGACUAGGUAGUUUGCUCUGAGUCAUCUUUCCUUUGACUCGGAUAAUUUAUGCCCAUGAGCUCCAUCGAUGAGGUUUUUGCAUCUCAAAAAGCUCACUUAUAGGCAAUAAUUGUUCAACCACGGCACGUAUACUCCAUGCUGCGACAAGGGUGUCAGCCGAUGUAAAGCUCAAAUUCCCUGCUAGAGCAAUAUCUCGUUAUCGAUCAGUCAUGCGUUGAAUUUGUCUACUAUCACGGAGAAAAAGGGGCCAAUUGAAAGGUGAAUAGACAUGAGCGACCGCGCUUUAAUGGGAAAUGAAGAAGACUGUUUCCUGUUAAUGCCGA